GGAUCCCUAAACGACCAUACAAUACUAUCAUAUAAUAUGAGCACAAUGAAGGCCAGUUCACCAUACAUUGUGGGACAAUUGUGGAUUUGAAAUGACAUACCUAAUUAAUAUACACCACGAAAAACUGCCCGAAACUGAACGGCUGUGAUGGGCACAUUUAAGGCUUGUUAGCUCAUUUUCAUGGAGAAAUUUCACAUCCUGUGAUUGAAUUUACGAACACAAAGCAAUUAUUAACACAGUCGGGAAAUAUGAUGUAGGUGGCAAUGAUAGCCAUCGUUCUAGCGUACCGUUGACAGGAUAACAUACAAACGUCCUUGAGGUCCGUCCGUCAGUGGCCGCGGGCUGUGACCGAGAGCGCGGUGUCCUCGUGUAAUGUUUAGGCUGUGUCUGGUUGGGAAAUUGGGCAGUCAGUUGAACAUUUGGAUAUGUGUAUACUCUUACUUUAUUACGAAUUUGUGAUUUUAUCUGCAUUUGUGUACAUUGCACUUGAUAGUGUCGUGUUUUAAACAACGUAACCGGUGUGUGUGAGAGAGAGUGCGUGAGGACAACCACCUUUAACUUUGCCAUUAAUUAACUUCUCCUGGCUGCUACUGUUUAAGUGAUGUUGAAUGCUUCUUUUAAGGUCGGAUUAAGUGCUAGAUUCAGUCGGAUAUUUUAGGAAAGAAUGUAGGAUAAAGAGAUUUGCGGACUGAUCAUCGAUCUACGCUUCCCUAAGAUGUUGUAGAAAAUACGAGUAUUAUUUAGGAAUUAUAACACUGAAGCUGCAGAAUCCAUUAAACUAUGGAAAACGGGUCGGGAGCAAGUGUUGGGAAGCCGAAGGAAGAACCUGUGGUAACCUACAGACGCACUAUCGGGCUCUUUCGAAUAGUGGUGUGUGUCCUUGCAGUUCUAGUUGUCGCUCUUUCAAUCGCGUUCGCUGUCGUUGUGACUCAACUGAAGGCAGAGAUCUCCGCCCUUCCAGGCGACUGUCCGGACACCGCCAACAUAGACCUGAACCCGCCAAAGGUGCUGCCGCCUUUCCAUGAUCUCACCCAGGAGGAGAUUAGUCAAGUAAAAGAGUAUUUAUAUGACCAGACAGACUUAGGUUUAGUAAGACCAAAGAAUAUAUCCACAAGUCUUAGCUACAUAUUUUUGAUAGAUUUGCACGUCCCCAAUAAAGACCAAGUGAUAGGAUAUUUAGACCACGGGCAAGCCCAGCCUGUGCGAGAGGCGAGGGUGACGCUUUUCAUGGGUGACCGGCCGGAACCGUUUAUCCAGGAAUAUACCGUGGGGCCGUUACCGAACCCAUAUUAUAAAAAAGAUCAGACUACAUUCCCUUUCCGCAAUCGCCCGACCACGGCUCCGGAAUUAAAGGCAGCGGAAGAGAUGAUAACAGCUCAUGUUAAUAACCUCGUACCGCAUAUUUUAGAGGAAAGCUAUGAUGGAAAACUAGGCGAUUGUGGAAAAAAGUGUUUGGCUUUUAAAAUGAUUUCUACGUUAUCAACAGCCACAAGUAGUGAUCCAAGAACGCGUAAAUUAUGGUUUGGGCUGAACCCAGUUAUAGAGUUUGAAAGUCUUCAUUCGUUAGACUUUGCCGUUUUGAUAGAUGUGACUAGCAGUAAUAUAGAAGACUACAAAAUUGAUAAAAUAUACUACGCUGGAGAUAAAUUUAACUCCCUUGAAGAUCUGAAAAAUUCGUACGAAUAUGGUUCUGUUUUGAAAACCAGAAUACCAUAUCCGGAAGACAGUAGGGUGCUGUAUUCCACCGCACACAGACGUGGCCCGCGCUUUCCGGAGCAGCCGCAGCUACCGCCCCGAGCAUACGAGCCCGACGGUAAGCGGUACUCGAUCCAGGGCCGCCAUCUUGGUUACAUGGGCUGGCAGUUUGACCUCCGCAUGUCAUCGGCAUUCGGACCGCAGUUAUUCGACAUACGAUAUCAAGGUGACCGGAUUGUGUAUGAAUUGAGCUUGCAGGACAUUGCCGUAUUUUAUUCAGCAAACAAUCCUACAAUCCGAUUUGCAGAUUAUGUAGACAGUGUUUCUAUGAUAGGUUCUAGUGUUCGGCCGUUGAUAGCAGACACAGACUGCCCUAUUCACUCGACGUUCAUUGGAAUGGACUAUUUUAGCGAAAGCACGGACGACCCCGUCCAUGUCGAUCGCGCCUUUUGUGUGUUCGAGCACAACACCGGCAUGCCCCUCCGCCGCCACCUGACUAGUUCAGGGAAGAAUAAAUUCUAUGAGGGCAUGAUGGAUAUUGUGCUGACGGUUAGGACGAUCACUACAAUAACCAAUUACGACUACAUAUUUGACUUCAUCUUUCACCAAAAUGGUGCUCUCGAGGUAAAAGCCGUUUCAACUGGUUAUAUCCUUACGUCAUUCAGAUUUCCUAUGGAGGAUGAGUACGGCUUCCGGUUGAAAAAUCACCUGACCGGAAACAUUCACCACCACAUGUUUCACUACAAGGUCGACAUGGACAUAAACGGACGCGAGAACAGGUUUGAAACCAUCGAGAUAGUUCCUCGAGAGGUAGACAACAGCCAGUGGUCCACGAAGCCGGAUGCCAGGUACGCACAGACGCGGAUGAUGCGGCGCCAGAGAAAGACGGAAGUGGAGGCGACCGUGGACUACGACUUCUCGGCACCCAAGUACUUGACGUUUUACAAUGACAAGCACAAAACGGAGACCGGGCUGCCGCGGGCUUACCGAAUCCUCGUGGACGGCAUGUCCAAGCAGAUGUUGACAGUGGGUCGCGGACAGGAGGCGUCGAUCCCAUGGGCGCGGCAUCAGCUGGCGGUGACGAAGUAUCACGAGACUGAGCGCCGAUCCAGCUCCAUCUUCGCCAACUUUGACGGAGAGAACCCCACCGUCAACUUCCAGGCGUACAUCGACAAUGAUGAAGUUCUCACUGACCAGGACCAAGUUGCAUGGGUCACCAUGGGCGUCCACCACAUUCCCCACACGGAGGAUCUCCCGGUUACGUCCACUGUCGGGCUAGACCUUCGCUUCCUGCUGCUGCCCAACAACUAUUUCCAGGAAGACCCAGCCAUGGGGUCCGGGGACGCCGUCAGGAUCGAGCCAAACAAUCAGAACCACGUGUCACAAGGCCUGCACAUCCAAACGUACGGCAAGAGCGAGAAUUCGAGGUGCUUUCCCAGGAAAUCAAAUUUUUAUUCCAUUAUUCAAGAAAGGCCAGGAAGUGUAUUUACUAGAACAUGAGGUGCAAAACGUGUUCAGUAUUAAUGUGUUGCCUUCAGGGAAUGUAUAUUGAAAGCGUAUGACUGAAAAGUGUAGCAGCAUUUUUUUGUUUCGAGCGGAAGAGCUUUCAAGACGGUUCAUCUUUAUUCAUCAUGUUGCACGUGUCACUUAAAGGUUAAAACCUAUUUGUAUAUGUUUAAGAAUUGAAGACUGCUGUAACUUAGUGAGUUCUUAUAAGAGAGUACUUAUAUAUAAGUAUCUGAUGUCGGAGAGGAAGAUGGGUGUAUGAUGCAACCCGAGUGCAGGAUAUUUAAUACCGGAGGGUUGGUAUACAUCUAUCCUCCAUGACGACCAAUUGGUAGAUGGUUUUUCUCUCACCCCGUUUCCAACGUUUCAACAGAAAAGAAAUAUUUUAAUAUAUAACAGCCAUGCCAGAGUAGAAUGUUUGAACGGUUCAAGAACACUAAUAUAACAAAUAAUGAGAGUGUCUUUGUUAUCAGUUCCAUCCCUAUUAAACGAAGGUGUGGGAGGGGCGGGCAUAUCAGUCGGAAAUAACAUUAUGAAACAAAAUAGAUACAGCGUAAAAUGACGGAUGUUGGAGACAACUUUGUGCAAAACCUUGUCCCCAACAUCUUAGUUUUUUAUCGUUUACCCGUUGGUGAAGAUACCUUCAUCUUUCAUGGUUGAAAUGACCGGAUAUCCAGGUCUGGGGUGGACGAUCUGUUGUCAAAACCCUAUUGUAUUAACUGUUACGUGACAAAAUGUGCAAGAUUGUAUGUCAUCCCAUUCUUAACUUCAUCAAUUGUAAUGUGUUUUAUAUGAUUGUCAUCGCCUUUAUUCUCCUAAUGCCAUGUCUGUAUGAAAAUAAAUCUAUGAGUCUAUGA